AUGUUUUGCAACGAUCAUGAGACAACACCAAUGUACCAAAGUGGUAAGGGUUUCGGAUGCUACAAAAAGGCCUGUAGUUCUGUAGACAACCUAGUAUACACGCACUCUUGCACAUGCACACGAACGCAAGCACAUGAAUACCUGUGGACGCACACUGCACACGAACGCAUGCAGAAAUACAUGCGCGUACAUGCACGAACACAAGGAAAAUACGUCUACCGACCACCAACCUACUUUCCUCUCCUGUCACGGGCAUGCCACGCUUUAGACUGUGACCUUCGCAUGCUGUGCAGACUUACUCUCAACUUUCCUUCGGCAUUAUUACUGUUGCAAGUUAUACCACCUCACUGUCCACACCUCAAAUCCAGCAGUUUUCAAAAGGCAAUCAUGUUCGAGGGCGAGUUCAGUUGCCUCAACGGCCAGUGUGUGGCCGAGAAUCUGCGGUGCGAUGGCGAGCACGACUGUGACGACCAGUCAGACGAAGUGAACUGCUCAGAAUGUUCCGAAGAUGCUUACCUUUGCGGCGAUAAGCACUGCAUUCCCAAAGAAAACGUCUGCGACGGAGUCACCGAUUGUGAUACCGAUGAAUUAGAGUGCUGUGAAGGAUCAGGGAGUUUCGAGUGUGAAAGUGAUGGCACUUGUCUUGGUUCUGACAAAAUGUGUAAUGGGAUCAAAGAUUGUCCCAAUGGCGAGGAUGAGAAAGGCUGUCCUGGUGAAAUGUGUCAGCCUGGGGAAUACAGGUGCAAGAACGGAGACUGCAUUCCCAUCUCCCAGCGGUGUGACGGCCUCGCCCAGUGCAGGGACCAAUCUGAUGAAUCUGGUUGCCCUUGUGGUAAUGGGGAAUGGACUUGUGAGGACCGAACUUGCAUCCCACAACAAGCACGCUGUGAUGGUCGUUAUGAUUGUCCGGACUAUACUGACGAAAACGGGUGCCAGUCAGGCUGCAGUCCUGGUGAAUGGACUUGCAGAAAUGGAGACUGUAUCCCUGACUAUCAGCGUUGUGACAGAACACCUCAGUGCCUUGAUCGUUCAGAUGAAGAGAACUGCAGACCUGAACCUGCCUGUGGUUCUGAGGAAUGGACUUGUAGGAUUGGAACUUGUAUUCCUGUCCAAGCAGUCUGUGAUGGUCGUUAUGACUGUCCAGACUAUACUGAUGAGGAAGGGUGCCCAGUAGAUAAGAGCUGCAGUCCUAGUGAGUGGACUUGCAGGAACGGAGACUGUAUCCCUGACUAUCAGCGUUGUGACAGAACACCUCAGUGCCUUGAUCGUUCAGAUGAAGAGAACUGCAGACCUGAACCUGGUUUGUUUUCUUUGCAUUGUGUGUUAGAGAUUAUUUUGGGUGUCUGGAUGCUAAGUUUUGUUGAAGAUUAUGUAACUAGUUACAGAGUAAUCAAAAGAGUUUGGGAUCAGUAUAAUAAAUGAAUAGGCCAAUAUUAUAUUCAGUGGGUUUU